AUGCCUUCGCUCAGCCGCGACGAUUUCCACCAGAAAUCCUUCAAAAUCAAGCCGGACGACGACAAAUUGUUCUCGAAGCUUCUCUCCCGCGGCGAACCCGCCAAAUCCUCCUUCCGCGUCUACUACGGCGACGUCCCCAGCGCCGUCCCCUUCGUCUGGGAGACCCGCCCGGGCACGCCGAAGCACAAUUCCGCCGGGAAUUACGAAAUCCCGCCGCUGACGCCGCCUCCGUCCUACUACACCACCGGCGGAGGCAAAUCGUCGGGCGGCGGAUCGAGAUCGAGGCUGCUCCUGCACAGCCUGCUGAGGAGGAUGAAUCCGAAGCGAGCGGCGGCGGUUUCUCACUCCUCCUCCUCCUCUCUCUCGUCCGUGUCGUGGUCGUCAUCCACGUCGCAGUCCUCGUUCUCCGAUCCGCUGUCGACGCCGGCGUACGUGCGCAGACGGCGGCGCUUCUCCAGCUGGGGAUCGUCGUUCGACGAGAAGGCGGUGGCUGCGGACGAUCGCCUCGGCGACGGCGCAUGCUCGUCGAGGAUGUGCUUCGGGAUCGGCGGCGGGGAAAAGGCGCGCGGAGGCCGCUCCGUGAAGAGAGCGUUGCUGUCGAUCGUCGGCCGUGGAUCCGCCGCCUGA